AUGUAUAAAGUCCAUUGUAAGUCUGGUUAUGUCAAGAGUCUUUUCGUUUUGGCUUUUAACACUCUAUAUAUCUAUACGCAGGAAAACAACAGGACAGAGGUCACAGAGUUCCUUCUCUUAGGAUUUCAGGUCAGUCGAGGGUUAAGACUUUUCCUGUUCUGUCUGUUCCUUGUGGUUUAUUAUCUGAUAAUAUUUGGGAAUCUCCUGAUCAUCACCCUGGUGUCCACCAGCAAGAACCUCCACACCCCAAUGUACUUCUUCAUCUCACAUCUGUCCAUCAGUGACAUCUUGUUGACCACAGAUAUUGUCCCCAACAUGUUUCACAUCCUACUGAAUAAUGGGGGGACCAUGACUUUUAUUGGUUGCAUCGUUCAGUUAUAUUUCUUCUGCUCCUCAGGAACAUUUGAAUGUCUUCUCCUGGCUGUGAUGUCUUAUGACAGAUAUGUGGCCAUCUGUAAUCCUCUCCAUUACUCCUCUAUCAUGACAAGUGGACAUUGUGUUAUACUGACCGUCACCUGUUGGUUGUUUGGAUCUUUCGGUGUUUUGAUUUACAUCAUAAUAACAGCAAAACUUGACUUCUGUGGAUCAAACAUCAUUGACCAUUUCUUCUGUGACCUUGUCCCUUUACUAGAACUUUCCUGUUCUGACACCUUCAAUGUUCACUUGGUGAUGUAUUUAUUGAGUAUUCCAGUUGUCUUUAUUCCAUCUAUAAUCAUUAUAGUGUCUUAUAAUUAUAUAGUUUUAGCAAUCCUAAGGAUCCCAUCCAAUACUGGUAGACAGAAAGCCUUCUCCACCUGUAGCUCCCACCUCAUUGUGGUCUCCAUAUUCUAUGGGACAUUGCUCAGUGUUUAUAUGGUCCCAACAAAAGGCCGAACACUGACCAUGAGUAAAAUCCUCUCCCUGCUAUAUACUGUGUUUACUUCUAUGUUCAACCCUAUUAUAUACAGUCUGAGGAAUAAGGACAUUAGGAAAGCUGUACAGGAAACACUUCAUAAAUGGUUGAUUUGGUAA